AAUGAUAAUUUACAUAUGAACGACCAAAAACCUUUUGCUGCUAUGAUCUGUAUAAGAUUGAUUAAUAUCAGAAGAUAUUUUCAUAAAAUGUUGCAUAAAUUUGCAUAAUGUUCACUCACGUAGAGAGCAAUAAAUAAUGGAUAUGUUACAGUAAAACUAAAUGAGUCAGUUAGAUAGUUAUAGACUCAGUUAUUGUUACUACCUGUGUGAUUUAUCCCAAAAAUGUGUUUAACAAGAUACUGCAUAAAACACGAAAAACCUAAACGGUGGAUUCAUUUACAUCAGUGACCACAACUCUUGAGCUGAGACAAGAGUUUCCUGUUCCAUUUUGAACACCUACCCUCCCAGUUGAUCUGCUUAUCACUUCACACAGAGCACAGAAAGAACUACCUAGUGCUGUGCAAAGGUACAACUGUCACUCAAGAACAUUGCUUUUUUUUCUAAAUGAGUCAGAUCGUCAAUAAUUGACUACCUGUGUUACUUAUCCCAAAAGCAUGCAAAAUGUUGAUUCAUUUACGUCAGUGACCACAACUCUUGAGCUGAGACUCAAGAGUUUCCUGUUUCGUUUGUACAGCCUAGCCUACCCUCCCAAUUGAACAUCUGAUCACUUCACACAGAGAGCAGAAAGAAGAACUACAGAGUGGUGUGCGAAGGUGCAAUUUUCACUCAAGAACUCAGGAACAUUGUUUUUCUCAAAAAGCCAUCAUGAACAACGCCACUGAGGAGGAGCCACAGCCAGUCUACGCUGCGCUCUUUGGCUGCAUCAUGGCCCUUGGACUGCCUCUCAACGCUGUUUCUCUGUGGAUUUUGCUUCGCCAUCACAGUCUCAAGUCACCCAACACCGUCUUCAUGGUCAACCUGGCAAUCUCAGAUCUGCUGCUCAUCAUCUCCUUGCCCAUGAGGGUCUAUUUCUAUGCAACAGGUAACUGGCCUUUUAGCAGCACAGUGUGCAACAGCAUACAGAGACUCUUUUACGCCAACAUCCGCUCCAGCUCUAUCUUCAUCACCUUCAUCAGCGUGGACCGGCUGCUGGCUGUAGUUUAUCCUCUGAGGUCACGGCAUCUUCGAACCACAACCAACGCCUGGAAAGGUGCUGGAUUCACUUGGCUCAUUUUGUUGGUGAUAAGUAGCUCGGUGAUGGUGACGCUGUCAGGACAACCACAUAACCACACUUGUUUUGUACCACUUCAUAGUGGUCCUGAAACAUCAGUAGGUGCUUAUUUUCAACCUGUGUUGGUCUCCACCAUGCUGGCAGUCAACGUUGUGUGCACUGCUAUGGUGUUGUGGACUCUACGCAGUCAUCUCAGUGACUCUGCAAAGGUCAAGAACAAGCUGAAUGUAAUGCUGAUUUUUGUGCUGAACUUGCUCAUAUUUACUGUAUGUUUCUUACCCGUGACAUUUACUAGGGUUACAGGGUUAUACCGAUUGCCGUUGACAUGUCUUGCUACACUGAACUGUUGUCUGGAUCCACUGUUGUAUUAUUUUUCUUUUGACGCUUUCUGGAAGAAAAAAGAUGUGGAACCAUCAUGAGAACAGUAGAAAAAGAACAUAUUUACAUGAGGUGGUGUCAGCUCUCCAGUGGGAUGUUGUGGUUUUCCUGCAAAAUAUGGAGCAUGGGAUGUACAUUUGGCUACAAGCUAGACUAUGUGAUGCUUUAACAUUUGUCUUUUUACCAAGAAACCAAAAAUCAUUGUCUCUUCAGUAAAAUGCGUAUUUAGCUCAAAACGAGACGGAUGGAGAACAGGCUUGUUGACUUUGUGAUGUCAUGUUUUAUUUGUUCCUAUGGGCUGCAAAAUCACAGCUUCACAUCCACAAAGAGACCAAACAGGUUUACUAAACCAAUCUCCAAAAGAACAUUUUUUUGGAAAUAUACUUAAAUGCAGCAGUCUUUGGAAAACUGAUGCUACUCGUGUGUUUAUUGUAAAUAUAAAUGUAGAGGAAGAGCUUGAAGCACAGAAACCAAGACCCAAUGAUGGCAUGAAGCCACACUUUCUGACAAGGGACAAAUGGCCAUUGAACAUGUGAGAGGUGCGAGUUUGUACAACCACAGUUAUAUCAGUUAAGUGAUGCAACUCGAAUUUUGUCUUGGAAAAUGUUGAAAAAUUAAUUUGCUGAAUGUGAAGUACAUACGAGAACUGUUGACUUUAACGAUAAAUGUAAAUACAAUGCAGACGGUUCAGCUUCACAGGAAUUAAUUUGCUUUCUUGAUAGUAAGAUGGAAUGCACUGUGCAUUAAAUAUACUGGGAGACACUUUGUUAGCUGAGCACAAAUCAGCUAAUGUGGCCCUUUAAUGGUGUCCCAUCAGUCUAUACCAUAACCCUGCAAAAUCUUGAAGAUGUAACUUCUUUGUAUUUUAAAGAUGUUGGCGACCAGAAAGGGAAAAGACCUUUGGCAUGGCUUGUCAUGAUACAUUUAAUACUAGUGCUAAUUAUAUUCCCCUUCACCGUGAGCUGCAUGCUAAUGUUAGUCGUCUCUGUAAAGAGUAACGCCUCAUUGCUGAAGUUUGACUCACUCAUAUCUUUAAAGCAAAUCAGUUUUUAAAUGUAAUCUUAUUUUACUUCUGUUGAUUCAUUUGUAUUCAAAUCUUAAAUGCUUUCAUUAUUGUUUUUAUUGUUUUACUAAAUUUGCUUUAAUAUUUUUAAUGUCAUUGUUAUCCAAGUUUCUUAAUCGUGUGUACAUCUUUAGUUUUCUUACUUUGCUGCAUUGUAGAUGCGGCCUCCACACUUCGAUGUAUUCCAAGUUUAAAUAAAGAUUGUAAAUAAUGUUUAA